AUGGAACCGGAGAAAGCUCCGGGGAAGUUGAGGGUUGCAGGGAUCUGGUGCGGCGCUCUGGAGGAAGUGCCGCUGGAUUCAUGGACGCUGGAUGCGCUCAGGGAGGAGAUCUCGAGGAGGUCCGGGGGACGGCACCCGCCGGAGUACAUUAAUCUGAUCAGCGGCGGGAAGGUCCUUCGGGACGACGGCCGAUGCGAGGAGAGGAAGAGCCUUCUGCAGCUUGGUCUGAAGAACAAUUCCAAGAUUCUUGCCUCGGCUGCUGCCCCCGCCGAAGAGAGAGACCGGGCGGCCGCGGCGGAGGCCUUGGCGGCCCAGGAGGAGGUAUCUGAGGCUGAGCGCUCGCGACGCUUAAAUAGGAUUCGGUGAGAUUUCGAAAUCUAUGAGACCGUACGCAGUAAUUUCAUCUAAUUUUCGGAAACCUCAUUGUGAAAUAAACUUUUCUGCGAUGAUCUAUUAUGUUUAUAUGCUUUAAUUUCGAGCACAAUCGUCUGUUUUUGUAGAAGUUGAUCGGAGAUAUAUGCAUAUAUAUACAUCGAGGAAUUAUUUACGUAGGGGUGAGAGGGGCCUGACAUGACGUAAACCUUGACAGUGCUGCAGCAGAGAAGCUGUCCCGGAGUCAUGCGGAAGGCUCCCUUCCGCCAGAGGACUACCAUAUAGAGCUCGAGAACCAGGCGGGAGAGAAGGUCAUGCUUGGAACUGAGACUGAUCAACGGUACUAGUCUUUAUCGCUGUGUGUUUGUAUCUCUGUCGAAUCUUUCUGUAUUCCUUGGUCGUGUUUUGGAUCUUAAGAAUUUCCCCCAACGGCAGGGCAGUGAUGAUGGGGCUCAUGCUACAUGCAAAUGGCAAGAAGCUUAUGAAGCUGAAAAAUUAUGGAGAUGCUUUGGAUGUUUUGCUCAUGGCGGAGGUUGGUAAUUAUGUCGUUAUCAUUUCUACCCGGUCACACAAGAGUCACAGGUCUAAGCGAGUACAGCGUUCACUGAAUUUUGUCGCUAUUGUGUAAUAUACGUUUAUAAAUCUGCAUCUCUCUUUCAGGAGGCUUUCUCUCUUUGCAACCCAAAGGUUAUUCAGGUACAUCUAUGAUCUUGGAAUGUGUUUGGCAAGUCUUUCACAUCAUGGGCCACUCCGGGCUUCCAUCUCCAACAUAGGAAAUGCAUAGGAUCAAUAAAUUCCACCAGCCUUACAACUACAUAUCAGCCAAUGCCUUCAUCAUUACCCUAUAUAGCAUGUGAAGUCUAGCAUUCCAUUUAAAAUAAUUUUUCAGAUAACUGUGGUAACCUGAUAGAGAUUUCAGUUGAAAGGAGAGCCAAAACACAUCCUUUGUCUCCCAUACAUAACUUUUCAUUCACACAAUGAUUAUGUGGCUAAGGAUUGAAUUAUUAAACCUCCAGAUGGUCGACAAUGUGCCAAUACUUGAGAUAGAUAUUGUUUGGUGUUACUUCAUGCGACGUGAUAUCUCUUUAUUAUCAAUGGCGGGAUUGCGGCUUGCAAAAGCUAGAAAGGGAUUCGAACAUUCUCAUGGUAAAGACUCUACUCGUAUGCUGCUCCUUCAAUCAGGUCGGCAUGUGGAGGCGGCGAUGUAAGGCUCAAUCUUAGACUCCAAACUCCCGUUUGUCUUUUUUGAUUUUGGCCAUAUAUUUUUCGUAGUUUAUUCUUUGUGCUCUCUGCUCAUGUUCCAUGGAGUCUUUAGAAAAAGAAAUGCUAUUCUUUGUUUUUUUUUUUUUAAGCGAUGUUUUAUUUUUUUUUGCAGAUACUUAAGGUUGGAGCUCUUAGAAGGAGUUGUAGCUUAUCACAAUGGGCAUUUUGGGCAGUCUCGAGUGUCAUUAACCUCCGCACAAGCUAGAUAUUCAAAGGUUCCCCGGGAUUGGAUUUAGUAUGAAAUUGAAUGUAGUUACUGUCGCUUUCUCUCAAGGCUUCUUUAGUUUUUAAUUUUUUUUUCUGAAUAAUGUCCAACUGAUGUCCCAGCUUCAAGUUCCUGAUGAAGCCUUUUCACUUCUGAUGGGCAUGGGUUACAAAGAACAAGAAUCAAAAAGGGCAUUGAGAAUGUCUAGUCAAGAUAUUCAGAGUGCAUUGGAUUUACUUGAGGAGGAGAAAGAAAGAAAAAUCCGUAGACGUCAAGAGAACAUGCUGCGGCAGGCUGAAAUCAUGUAAGCCAUUUUUUAAUUUAUUUUAGUGAACAGUUUCUUUUUCUUGUUUAAGUAAACGGUUUAAACAUUCUUCCAGGGAGCAGAAAAUGUAUGGAAUGACUCCACAAAAGAAGGCAGUCGACCUCCAGCAGUUGAAAGUACUAGAGUCAAUUGGGUAAGCAGAGUUAGAAUAUUACGACUAAACUUGCAAUCAGUUUGCUUCAAAACAUUUCAGAGAAGUGUACAGAAGGCCACAAGUGAAGAAGGAUACGUUGAACUCCACUAACCAUCGUUAAAAAAAUGCGUCAUGCACAAAAUUUGAGAUGAAUAUACUUUAAGCAAAGAUGAUUUUUGGAACGGUAAUACCAUUAACGAGUUAUUCAUGAAUUGAUUCAAAGUCCGCAGAAGCAUUGGCUUAUACAUGUAUAUGCCUGAUUUCCAGGCCAUGAAAUUGGAUGGAAUCCUCUUUGCUAAAGCGUUCUACACUUAGAGUCUUUGUCAGUUUUCAAUGUGAGAAAUCUCAUGCCAGAAAUUGGAUCAUAGUGCUUGUAUUGAGAGAUGGAGAAUACGUGCCCAAAUCCGCGCAUAGCUAAAUUACUGAAUGGUGAUGCUGGCCGUAGGUGGUCUGCCCUUCUAGGUGUUACCCAUCCUAAAAGAGGAAGGAGAGGUUAUUUUCUUGUUCUCCAUGCGAUAAAAUCAGGUCAAUGUAGGAACCACAAAAGAGGGUUUUCUUGGUGAUCGGUUGAAGGUAAAUAUGACCUUGCUAAUUCUACUAGUUAUGGACUGUUGAACUUCGAGAGCAAUGCAAAAAACUUUAUACCUUCAUUGUUAUCGCUCUUUCUCUGUCUUCAGGGAUCUUACCCAGAUCUCGAUAUCCGUAGGAUCCAUAUUUUCCCUCUGUUCCUGCGUUUAAUUGUCCUUGGUUAAUAACUUUUUUUCUCUACUUAUAUGCUGACGAAAGUGCUGUUCUUCCUUGUUGUCAUGUUCCCAGUAUAUCUACAGAAAUGCUUACAAACCAGACUUCUUUCGUAAAAAGAGUCUACCAAACGAAAUCUACCUUCUCACUAAGUCUCUAGUCUUACCUGAACUGAUCUAGAUCUUUAGUGCCAUGCCCAAUUAGAACCUCUUUGAAAAUUUCCUUCUUGGAUCUUAGAGUUCGUUACUAAUCUUAUUAUGGUAAUAAUCUUGUGCUUUGCAUGCUAAAAUAGUACAAGCACAACCAUGUAAACGUGCCCACUUUGCUAACUAUACUAAAUGGCCUAAAGAUAGGAUAUAGAUUUAAAUGGGCGGACAUGAGCUCCCUUUGCUGUCUUCUUCUCUCUUUCCUUUCUCAUAUGUGGAAAUUAAACACGAUUUGAUCAUUUAUUGCAGUUUCGAGAGAACUCUCGCAGCAGAAGCACUCCGAGUUAACGAGAACGACACCCAGAAGGCCCUGGACGAUCUGACCAACCCAGAAAAGAAUUCUGAACUGCAGGUUCUCGAUCGAUUCCUCUCAUUGUGUGAUUCAUGUACAGAUCAGAUCGCCUUUCUCAUAUCUGCUCCUGCAGCUGCAUGUUGAGAGACGAAGGCAACGAAGAGCUUCACGGAUAAACCGCGAAGGUACGAAGAAUGUAUUUCCUUUAGCUUGCCAAUUCCAACCUCUCUCUCUCUAGAUCCGUGCCCACCCAUUUUCUCUGUCAUCCCUGAGAAGAUAAGGCCAGCUUCCUCUAUGGAUCAAGACACUUCCGAACCGAACUGUUUAUACAUAGAUGCCGGCAUUUCUUAUAGAUUUCUGCACCCAUUUUUGGCAUUCAUGAGUACAGUCAAAACAACCCACUCUUUGCUGUUUGUUUCCUUUUUGGGGCAGAGGCCGAUCUUGUUCCGAGAUCAGCUUCCCAAGAGGAGGCGGCAACAACCAAUCCAGAUCAGAACGCCGCAUCGUCCAGAGACAGCAAUCUGCCCGAGGCCAGCAGCUCAUCCAGAGCCGAGGAUGAUAUGCUACAAGAGUUCAUCGCUGAAGAGGAAGCAAGAGAUGAGGAGAUGGAGAAUGAGAUUGCUGGUCAGAUAACCGGAGAUAGUCUAGUGGACUAUGAUAUCGAAGUUCAAGAGGAGGGCGAGGCCAUAGCUGAAUACUUAGCGCUGCUCAACUCGGUAAGGUAA